AUAGCACUUCUGUUCAAACUUAAGUUCUUAUAGACAAACAAUUAAAAGAAAUUUAUUUAAAAAGGUGCAGACAAAUAUAUUACUUUGAUUUUUUCCUGUAAAGAUAUGAUUGUGAUGUCCGAUUUAAAACAAAUCAGAUCUUCCAAAUACGUCUCUCAUGAUUUAUUGGAAGACUGGUUGCUCGAUCUAGCGAAUAAAAAUUGUAAACGGAUCGCAUCUGCUUCCUUCAUAGACUUCCUUUGGUCAGAAGAUGUCGUCGAAUUCAUCUUUAAUGUAUGUCGUACACUUCAAUUAGAAGAUGAAAUCAAAUAUUUAGCAACGGAAAUUUUUGAAAAAUUUCUUGGACAUCAUGUACUAGAACUUCGUCGAUAUGUGAAAAAUAAUCGAAAAAUGAGCGAUACAUUAUCUUGGAGCUCUGUUGAGGAUAGAGUGGAGCAACAGAUGACUUUGCGCAUCUUGACAUCAAUACAAAUUGCAAGCAAAUUACAAUCGCAUUAUGAGCAUCUGAGUCCGCAACAAGUUACGAAUUUUUUAAAGAAAUCAGGAAAAUAUUUCAGCAUAAAUGGACUCUUAAAUUCCGAAUUAAGAGUUAUGAGAACUCUGGGUUAUAAAUUCCAUCUCCCACACCCAGCCCUUUAUGUUAAUUUAUUACUUGGUAUACUUUUCGCUAAUGAUCCAAGAAUAGAUGAAGCCCUUUUUUAUGCUGUGUCUAAAGUGCUAGAUAUGGUAUACAUAAAUCGAAUAAAGGUAUACAGUCGUUUAUAUGAAAGUAUUACUGGUGCACAUUUUACGUCGCAUGCAGAUAUGGAUAAUGAAUUUACAAAAAUUAAAGCAGAUUAUAUGCUAUUGGCAACUUGUAUCAUAGCAGCAGCAACUUACAUUGUCAUGAAAGAGUAUUGGCAUAAUAUAAUGGAGCAAUUACACCAAGUUACUAGAUUACCAAGGAAGGAUAUCAAUAUCUUCUGCUUCGUUAUCAUAGAUGUGAUAUGCAAUAUAUGUAAUUUUGAAAUUUAAUGUAUGUGGAGUUGAAUGCAAUGUAAUAAGAUAUUAAAAGUAAUUUGUGAAACAGAAUUCGUGAAUACUUGUU